GCAUCGCUGUUUCGGUCCUAAUUCGUCGUUCAGAUCAACCCGGAAAGGGUAGAAAGAGACAAACGUGGAGAAAAAGUGUAUUAUUUUGUCUAAUUUUUUUUUUUAAAAAAAAGGUGACACAAAAAAAGAAGGAAAGGAGAAAGGAAACUCGUCUUACCAAAUCCCCGUCAUCCGAUCGACAAACCCCAACAUGUCGACACUCUGGGGUAAAAACAAAACAGACGACUCCCAAGCUGGCGAGUCAUCCGACCCUUGGCACCCGGGAAACGGCGACGGCGGCCAGGGAGACUCGUCGUCGGCUCCCCCCACCGAGCGAACGCGCCUCCUUCCGAACCGGACCGACGAGCGACCUCCCCUCCUGAACCCCGACGAUCCGGCCGUCAGCCCCUACAACCUGUGGACGGUACGCAUCGUGCGGUACGCGACGGUGCUGUUCGCAGCCCUCACGUUCGUGUGGUGGGUGCUACUCCUCGUGAGCAUAUUCGUGACGCCACCGGGUCUGUACACGAGAGGGUCCCCCUUCUUCGCCUUUGGAUACGCCUGCCUGGCGCUGUUCAACAUUUGCUUCACGCUCGCCUUCUUCGCGGUGCCGUCACGGGCGGUGCGGAUUCUGAGUAUCGUCAUGGCCGUGCUUCUCUUUGUCGAUGUGAUUAUUACUGUUUCUGUCGAGCGGACGCGACACGAGGAGAGAUGGGUUGGCAUGACCAGCGUUAUUUGGGCACUGGCCAUGAGUCUAUGGACCCUCCUCGCCGACCGAACCGUCAAAUGGGGCAAGGCCGAGGAGGAAGAGCGGCUCACGGGUCGGGUCGAGACCCGACGCACCGUAUUCGAAUGGACAGAAGUCCUCGUCUCGACCAUCGCUUUCGUCGUCCUCACCAUCGUCAUCGUCCUCAUGACCACGAAACUCAUCCUACGCGCCCUGGACGCCGGGGUGGCGCCGCCAGGGAAGAGGUACUGGGUCGACGGUGGCAAGUACCAGAUCCACCUCUCCUGCCACGGCGACGCCAACACAACAACAAACGCCAAGGGCGGAAAGGAGCCCACCGUGCUCCUGGAGGGCGGCGAGUGGCCGGUCGAGGACGGGCUCUGGCAGCUGGCCGACAACGCCGUGCAGAACGGGUCCAUCUCGCGGUACUGCUUCGCCGACAGGCCGGGCUACGCGUGGAGCGACACGGGGCCGUCGCCGCUCUCGGCGGGCAUGGCCACGGACGCCCUGAGCGAGGCGCUGGCGCGCGCGGGCGAGACGGGACCGUGGGUCCUGCUCAGCGCCGGGACGGGCGCGCACUACUCGCGGGUCUUCUCGGCGCGACACGGGGAGGAGGUGAAGGGGAUACUUCUGGUGGACCCGGAACACGAAGACCUACUGGGACGAAUCGCGUCGCCGUGGCGCGGAUUCGAGCUGUGGCUCCGCGGGGUCAUCUCGCCGCUAGGACUAGAACAGCUACCCGGUGCUCUGUUUCACGGUCGGGGCGGCAAAGACCGGGUGUGGGGACGGUCGGCCGGGGGCGAGGGCAAGCUCAUCUUCGCCUGGCUGCAGGAAGGGCUGGUGGCGGAUUCGCUGACGCGGAGGGACGUGGAGAGCGCGCGGGCGAUUCAGCGGGAGGACACGCCGGUGACGGUGAUCAGCUCGGGGGUCAAGAUGCGGCGGGACCGGCGCUGGGAGGACAAGCAGCGCGGCCUUACGCAUUUGACGCGAAACACGCAGCAUUGGGAUGUGGUGGACGAGGCGCCCCAUCGGGUGUGGGAGACGUAUGAGGGGAGGAAGAAGAUUGAGAAGAGACUGCGGCAACUUGUUCGAGCAUGAUGGGGUUGUUCUUCCUUUUUUCUUCUUUUUCUUCUCCUUUUUUCCCCCUCUUCUUGUUCUUUCCGUUUCUGGUGUGUCUAGUUGAAG